AUCUAUGAGAACGCGCAAAAUAAGCGCUCAUUGAGUUUGUUUUCUCCAACAGUUCGUUCCUGUUUUUCCCUUGUAAUUAUUACUUAAAGAUCACUCAUUUCUUGCUGGAGAGAUUUAAAGAGUUGGAGGAAAAAGAAGAAUUCUGAUUCAUAUACUUUGAUGACAUUUGCAGAAAUGAUACCAAUAUACUCGUAGUCUGAUUGGUUUAUAAAUAAACACUGAAAAUACUGCUUACUUAACGAGUUAUUUUGACAUUCCUGGUUCUUACAAUGGCUGGGAUGAGUGACAAAUAACGACCAAUGGAGACGGAAGUUUCCGAUACUGAAAAUUUGACGACUGUUUAUGCACAAACAAAUGAAUAUUUACUUGCGCAUUUAUAUUGCAAUUUAUCGGUAGCUACUGGUCUUGAAAUUUACAACGGGAGUCAAAACUUCUGCAAUGAAUCAUGGGAUGGCGUAUCAUGUUGGCCAAUCACAUUGGCUGGAAACACGGCAAAUGUCCCCUGUUUCUCGGAGUUAAAUGGUGUCAAAUAUGAUAUUAAUGGAAAUGCAAGUAGAGAAUGUUUGUUGAAUGCCAGCUGGUCGAGUUGGUCUAAUUACCGAUCAUGUGUUCCGCUAAAAAUACCAGAGGAUGAAUAUCUGCAGGUUUUAUGGGAUAUGAAAGAUGCUGUCACAGUGUAUUAUGUAGGUUACGGAAUUUCUCUUAUAGCACUCACUUUAGCUCUGGGAAUAUUCAUAUGUUUCAAAGAUUUAAGGUGUUUGAGAAAUACUAUUCAUGCCAAUCUCAUGUUCACGUACUUGCUCCUGGAUAUAACUUGGAUUUUAACUGCAAAACUUCAGUCAAGUCAAAACUAUGUUUCAAGCAGGGUUGCUUGCUUUUUGACCAUUUUUCUAACAUAUCUUAUGGGGACCAACUUCUUCUGGAUGUUUGUCGAAGGCCUAUACCUCUUCAUAUUAGUUGUCAAAACAUUUACUGUGGAUAACAUUAAAAUUUAUGUUUAUGUUCUCAUUGGAUGGGUUUUUCCAGCUUUGAUAGCAGCAACGUGGGCCAUUGUAAAAGGCCACUUUGGACAUACUAUUGAUUCACUUGCACCCCAAGGCUGUCCAUGGCAGACAAGAGAUUAUUAUGAUUACAUAUUUAUCAGUCCGGUCCUUCUCGUUUUAUUAAUUAAUACCAUUUUCCUUAUCAAAAUCAUGUGGGUUCUCAUAACAAAGUUACGAGCAACAAACACCAUUGAAUCUGAGCAAUACAGGAAAGCAGCCAAAGCUUUAUUAGUCUUGAUCCCACUUUUAGGAGUAACUUACAUUUUAGUCAUUGCCACUCCUAACCACAGGACAGGAGAAGUUAUCUUUACUUUCAUUCAGGCUACUCUUCUCUCGAUUCAGGGUUUUAUAGUGGCAGUACUUUAUUGCUUCCUGAACGGAGAGGUUCAAAAUUCUGUAAGACAUCGUUUGGAACGCUGGAAAAUACGAAGAGCAGUGCAAUAUGGGCAACACCAUUCCUUGAAUUGCCGAUCUUCACCACACGAUGAGAAAUUCUACCAAGGUCGGAAUGUACGUGACAGUUGCAUCAGUUUCGCUACUUCCACUUCUUUCAUCAAUUUCCAGUCAAUUACAAGUCGUUCACCGUCUAUUCCAGCUAUCAACAAACUUGAAAACUGUUCAUCUCACCCAGAAACAAUUUGCGUCAAAGAUGAUAUUGUGUGAAUCAGAAUUUUCGACAUUGGCAUUGUAUAUUUUAUCAUUUUAUGUUGGUUAUUAUUGAAUAAAACCAAGAUCUUUUUUCGUGUA